AUGAAGAUCCUUACUAAAGAAGAAGAAGCUGCCCACUACCGCUCCGUCCUCAAAGGCGGCACAGUCGGUGGCGUGCUGGGUCUCGCCGCCGGAAUAGCAGGUGUCCUACUUGCUUCACGUCGCUAUCACACAAUCAACAACCUAACCGUCCCCAUGAAGGCCUUCCUGGUGACGUCCUCGGGUACUUUCGCCGGUAUCAUCGCGGCCGACCACGCCUCGCGCGAAUACGAGAACGAGCAGAAUGCCGCAUACAAAUGGUACGAGAAUCGCGAAGAGCGCCUCCGCGCCGAAGAAUCCCGCGGACUCAGCUUCACCGACCGCGCGGCUGCCUUCGCCCGCCGUGAGAAAUACAAGAUUAUCACCGCCACCUGGCUCGCCUCGAUGGUUGGCUCAUUCGCCCUGGUCGGUCGCAUUCCCGGCCUCAGCGGCCAGCAGAAGCUCGUCCAGGCUCGUGUCUAUGCCCAGGGUCUGACGCUGGGUGUGCUGUGCGCUUCGGCUGCGUUUGAGAUCUCGGAUCAGCGUCGCGGCCGUGGCUUGCUGGACGCGAAGAACAAGGCGAAUCCGUCGGGCAAGCCUCGGUUUGAGGAUGUUGAGGAGGAUCAGCCUACCCACCAGGGUGCCUCGAAUAAUGAGGGAGAUCUCUGGAAGGAUAUGGUUGCUGCUGAGGAGGAUCGCUUGAGCUCUAAGCACAUUUCUCUCUAUGAGCAUGAAGAGAAGCAGAAGGCUGCUGAAGACGAACAAAAGAAGAAGCCUGAGGAGAGUAAUGAUGAGAAGGACUCCAAGACGGAGAAGGAGGACACCGAGUCCAAGAACAAGAAGAAGAGCUCCUAG